GGCCAGUAUUAUCCCCCGUAACAGGUAAAUGCGGCACCUUUCAUGUUAGGCUGCAACAGAUAUAACAAAGUCAGAUAAAUACUUUUCAGAUUGGUACGCCUACAGUUGUACAUCACACUUUUAAAUUGAAAUAAGAUAGUUUUCAAACACAUCCAACAUAUUUUACAAUGGGAGAUCACUUUACAUGGUAAUAUACACCGCGGAAUACCAUAUACUUUUUCAACCAAUCAGCUAUCUCGUUAGUUGUUUUCUUCCUACAUGGAAACAGAAAUCAUUUCAUAAUACUUGACAGUAACUUUCACGACCGCGGAGAUUAAAUGUUGAUUAAUGUCACCGCGAAAAGUCAUGAUUUUCAUUAACAUCUGUUAACUAGUAUAAAGUUAGAGAGCUGGUUAUAAUGGCCAUUUACAGUGCUAUCAGACGCAAAACGAGAAAGAUCAUGAACGGUGUUAACAGCGCAAACUGUUGCAAAAGUCAAUGGAUAUGUAGAAAAAUAUUAAGUGUUCUUGGACUAAUAUCCGCAUUCUCUCUUUUUGGAUAUGUUUACAUGUACAAUUGGCCUGGACUUCAAGUGGCUGAGCUAACUCCAGGAAUAAGACGAUACAUACAUGAAAUCACGGAACGACAGGAGUCGUUACAAACUACACCAUCAACCAAAAAUGUUCGAAUCCUAUGCCUUAUACUAACCAUAGGUGCAACACUGAAGUCACGAGCGUCUGUUGUAAAUGCCACGUGGGCCAGGCGAUGCGACAGACACUUUUACGUUCUAAAUACUAAAAGAAGAUCUCCCGAUAUCAUCAACACUCCGUUUGAGGAAACACGGUACAAUAUUGUGCAUAAAGUUAAAUUCGCUUUGAAUUUUAUUUAUGAAAACGAAAUUGAGGCAUUUGAUUGGCUAUUGAAAGCUGAUGACGACACCUACGUCAUCAUGGAAAAUUUAAGGUUUUUGUUAAAAAGACGUGAUAGCAAAAAACCUGCAUAUCUUGGUUUUCAUUUCAAUAAAUUCGUAUUAAGUGGAUUUAUGAGUGGUGGUGCCGGUUACGUUAUCAGUAACAGUGCACUUCGCCAAUUAGUGGAAUUCGGAUUUAAUCAGGAAAAAUGUCCGGUCGUUCCGAAUGAAGAGGAUCCAGAAAAUGGUGAAGACGUAGAAAUAGGGCGAUGCUUGAAUAUAUCAGGGGUGCCUGCUUUAAGCUCUCUAGAUGAGGCUGGAAGGGAAAGAUUUCAUCCAUACCCAGUACAGAGGCACUUGCUAGGUUCCAUUCCCGAAUUUGUGUUCGAAUGGGCAAAGAAUCCGCACAAAGUAGGCGUAGAAUGCUGCAGUAAAUACUCGAUCAGUUUUCACUACAUGGAUCCAAGUACAAUAUUGUUGGUAGAUCACCUGCUCUACAGAACGUCUGUCCUUGGACUUAGCUUGCACGAUGAUAGUACGAGGCAAUAGUUAAUGCAGCACUAUUGGGAGAUCGAGAUCCUUCUUACAGUAACCACCGUGGCUUGCUGGCUAGAUUUAGCUCAUAUUGAUCGGAAAGCGGUCACUUUUAACGGGGCAGACAAGUGCGCUGAAUUCGUAUUACUUGCCCAAUGCCGCUGUUGGUUCGAAACCCCUUAAGGGAUGUAGAAUUAUUCCCUGCAAGGAAUCCUUUAGGGUUGUGUUGAUAUGGCAGGUCUGUGGUCCUACACGGGUGCUGUCCUGUACCUGAAUAACAUUGGGCCAUCCUCAGUCAAAAUCUAGAAAGCUGAACAGUCGUCAUAUUAUCUAAAUUUUAUGGCGAGACUGAAAACCCAUUGAGCACCGAACAAAACAUAUUGCACCGAAGCUUCUUUGAUAAUAUUACGUGAUAAGGAAGAAUUAAUUAAGUUUAGAACAAUGGCGCACGCCGCUAUCAGCGACUACAAGAAGAACAAUCUUGUACCUAUCCAAUAAGAUAAGGGUAGGAUAAAAAUUCUGAAUUGAUCACUAACUUGUAGCCAACAUGAAAGAAUUGAUAAAAUGUGAAAAUAAUAAAUACGCCCUUUUCACUAAUAACUGAUUGGGCAGACAAAUUUCAUAUUCUUUGUAACAGAUGUAGAACCUGUAUACUUUUCUCAUAGUUUACAUAUAAGUCACCGUGAGGCUCAGCCAGAAAGUCUUGUUAGUAGCAUCGAAAUAAAGAAUGUAUUCAUUUCAAUCAAGAAAUUUUACCACUUAAAAAUCUUUCCUGCAAGUUUCUAUGUUUUUGCUUUAUAGCUAAUUUACAAGGUACUUGCUCUCAGUGACGAUAACUUUGUUUAUAAAAUGUAUGUCUACAUUCGACAGGGCAAUCAUAAAUCGAAAAAUAUAUUAAACUGGUAUCGCAUAUUUGUAAAAAUCUACGUAGAGUGUACUCAUCGUUAUCAUUCCAUUGUUUUAAAAGAGUUUCACAUGCUUUACUCAUUUCUCUGUCUCUUCAAGGGUACAUUGCUGCAAACAUGGUUACACAAAGGCCAGGUGUAAUUUUAAUAAGUUUAACAAAUCGUAAAUUUAGAAAUCCACAGCAAUUAACAUCCUUAAUAAAUUUCAGCACUGUUAAUAUAAAUUUUCCUCCAUUAAAUCCACGUAAGAUUAAAUGUCAAAACCUGAUGUACUAUUUAAGAAGAAUGUUUUAUCUGUGUAAAUAAUGUUCAUAUAUAUUAUUUUAUGCCUUUUGUAUAUUACAAAAUAUAGUUGCUAA